AUGCCUGGGACAUGUGUUUUAGUUCUUUUGCUAUUACAGCCGAGUUUUCACUUCAAUCCUGUGAAUUGUGGAAAGGUGCUGGUGUGGCCCAUGGAGUACAGUCAUUGGAUGAAUAUGAAGACAAUCCUGGAUGCUCUUGUCCAGCGAGGUCAUGCAGUAACCGUUCUGAGAUCUUCAGCUUCUAUUUUAAUUGAACCCAGCAAUGAGUCAGGAAUUGUAUUUGAAACUUUUCCUUCACCUUCCACUAAAGAUGAAAUGGAAGCUUUUUUCCUGAAUUCAAUUAAUACAAUGAUAUAUGAUGUGUCAAGAGAUGCGUAUUGGGAAUAUUUUCCACUAAUGCAAGAAUCAAUUUUAGAAUAUUCUAACAUGCAUGAAAGUUCCUGCAAAGAAGUGGUUUUCAACAAGAAAAUCAUGGCAAAACUUCAAGCUUCAAAGUUUGAGAUUGUUCUUGCAGACACCAUUGCCCCCUGUGGGGAGCUGCUGGCUGAGCUCCUGGAAAUCCCCCUCGUGUACAGUGUCCGCUUCACUCCUGGCUACACGUAUGAGAAGUACAGUGGAGGACUUCUAUUUCCUCCAUCCUAUGUGCCUGUCAUUAUGUCCGAUUUAAGUGGUCAAAUGACAUUCACUGAGAGGGUAAAAAAUAUGCUGUUCAUGCUUUAUUUUGACUUUUGGUUCCAGACAUUUAAUAAUAAGAGAUGGAGUCAAUUUUACAGUGAAGCACUAGGGAGACCUGUUACAUUAUCUGAGUUGAUGGGGAAAGCUGAAAUAUGGCUCAUUCGAAGUUACUGGGAUUUGGAGUUUCCUCGCCCACUACUGCCAAACUUUUAUUUUGUUGGUGGGCUGCACUGCAAAGCUGCCCAACCUCUGCCCAAGGAGAUGGAAGACUUUGUGCAGAGCUCAGGAGAAGAAGGAUUUGUGGUGUUUUCUCUGGGUUCAAUGAUCAGUAACAUGACAGAAGAGAGGGCCAAUGUGAUUGCAUCAGCUCUUGCCCAGCUUCCACAAAAGGUUAUUUGGCGAUUUGAGGGCAAGAAACCAAAUACCUUAGGAAAUAACACCCAGCUCUAUAAGUGGAUCCCUCAAAAUGACCUUCUUGGUCAUCCCAAAGCCAAAGCUUUUGUCACUCAUGGUGGAGCCAAUGGCAUCUAUGAAGCAAUCCACCAUGGUGUCCCUAUGGUGGGCCUUCCUUUGUUCGGGGAGCAAUAUGAUAACCUUGCCCAUAUGAAGGCCAAAGGAGCUGCUGUUAGACUGGACUGGAAAACCAUGUCAAGUACAGAAUUGUUUAAUGCCUUGAAGACAGUCAUUAAUGAUCCUUUCUAUAAAGACAAUGUCAUGAAGUUGUCAAGAAUUCACCAUGAUCAGCCCAUGAAGCCCCUGGACCGAGCUGUCUUCUGGAUCGAGCAUGUCAUGCGCCACAAGGGAGCCAAACACCUGCGGGUUGCAGCCCACGACCUCACCUGGUACCAGUACUACUCUCUGGAUGUGAUGGGAUUCCUGCUGGUCUGUGUGACAAUCAUUUCUUAUCUUGUCAUAAAAUUUUGCAUGUUUAGUUAUCAACAGAUUGCUAUGAGUGGAAAGAAAAAAAAGCGAGAUUAG